AGCAUUAGAAAAAAAUCAAAAAAUUUUUGAAGGACUUAUGAACGAAUUAAUGACUCCUUGUGAAGAUAAUGGAAUAUGUUUAUCAGUUAGUAGUAGCAAUGAAGAAAGGCAAGCUAGUCGUGCAAGUAAACAUGCUAGACAAGCCAAUCAAGCUGAGAUAUUGCGCUGGUACUAUUACACUGAAGA